UUCUCACCGGUGCUCCAUCUGCUUGCGAGGGCGACUAUUUGGGGAGAUAAACUGCGCCUCGCUCUCGAGCCGCUCUGACCGUUUUCUUUCCGUUAACACCCGCAUUUGUCAACAAGCUUACCUUCCCACUGCUCACUCCACCUCUGUCCACCGGGAGGGAAAUAGCUGGAGUUUGCUCUCCACCGCCUCUUUUCUUCUUUGACCCUCCAAGAUUGUGAAUACCUUUGGAAGUUUUUGGACACGUUUUCCGACUUAAAAAAGUGAGAUUUAGGUUACAGCCGAGGGCGCGAAAAAAAGAUGCUGGAUCGUGGUAACCCAACUUCUCUAUCACUGGUCUUUGGAUGCCUGGCCUGUCUUGUGGUGACCUCUGUUGUAAAUGCAGACGGUCGAGUGUUUGUGUUGGACCGGAGGAACUCCUCCGACCUGCAGGGCUUCAGAGACGCUGAGCGCGCUUGUGCCUCACAACAUGCCCGCUUGGCAUCAGCGGAGGAGCUCCGUCAUGCUGUGGUGGAGUGCUUCUUCUCCUCAUGCACCCGUGGAUGGCUCUAUGGAGGCACAGUGGGAACCACGGUGUGUAAUAGUGCGGGCAGUGCACUGAAAGCAGUGGAUGUGAGAGCAGAAAAUACUACAGAGGACACUGCACACCUGGAUGCCUUCUGUAUCAAAGACAAAGGUGUGCCGUGUGGAGACCCUCCAUCCUUUCCCAAUGCCCGUCUGCAGGGUCACACUGGGUUUGAGAUGGGUGAUGAGUUGCUGUACACCUGUAUGCCAGGUUAUUUGAUGCCCAGUGGACACAGUGCCUUCAGCCUGCUGUGCGACAGCUGUGGAGAGUGGUAUGGACUGGUGCAGAUUUGUGUCAAAGAUGAGACUGAAAGUCAUGUUGACUACGAGGACAAGUUCACAGAUUCCUACGGAGAGGAAGAGCAUCCCAGUGAGAGACCACAGGAGGCUCAUGGCGAAGUGUACGAGGAGGUGCAUGGAGCUGCAGGAGCUGAUCUGAGUCAAGAGCAGCAAGAGACAAGCUUUGGUGUUGAAGUAGAGGAGGAGCAUCAAGACCAGCAUGGAGAAGGAGGAGGAAAGGUGAUUGGUAGAAAAUUUGAAGGUGCUAUAGAAGGAGGGGAAAAAGACAGAGAAAGGGCUAUUGAAGACUUUAUAGGCCAUCCGAGGUGGGAGCAGGAGAGGAGAGAAGUGGUUAGGAUAGAUGCAGCUCCGGCCACAGAAGCAUCUGUCUCUCUUCUCUCCCAGAAACACAUGUUCUGGUUCCCUUCUGAGGCCUUUCAGGAGGAGGGACAUCCUGUCUCCACCAAUCCCAUCACACAGACUACACAGAGAGCCUCAGGCGCUCAAUCAGAGGAGAGCAGAGAACAUGAGAGCCAAGAGAGGCACCACCCACCACACACUAGUGAUGCUGGCGACCAUGAUGAUGACCACGAGCGAGAAAGCUACGAUGAUCAUGAUACAGAUGCCCGAGAUGAUCAUGACGACAGCCACCAUGACGUCCAUGAAAACAGCCGCCAUGAUGAUCGAGAUGACCUCAACAGUCACCAGGAUGAAGAUGAUCACGAUGAUCAUGUGACACAUUACAUUCCAGCUCAGCGUGAUGAUCUUGAUCGACGGGACCGCCACGAAAAACACGGCGACGAUCAUGAAGACCAUUAUGACAUGGGCGAACAUGAAGAUGAUCGGGUUCGCUACGGCAGCCAAGAGUACGAUGAUCGAGAUGAUACUUACGACGAACACGAGAGCUAUGAGGAUCAUGAGGACGUGACUGACGAUCAUGACGAUCGAGAGCAUCCUGAAGCCUCUAAGGAACAUCCAGACCCUGACGACCAUGUUGAUGGUGAGGACCAUUAUGACAUGGAAGAGGAUGGCAACGACCGCUACACUGAUCACGAUGAUCAUGACCCCGAUGACCAUGACAGCUAUGAUGAUCACGAUAGCCAUGAAGAUGACGGCGAUGGUCAUCAGCAUGUAAUCUUUUCUAUAGCAACAGAAGAGCGUAAGAACGGCACUCAAAAGGGAGCAGGAGGAAAGACCACCACAGAUCAAACCUGGCUAGACGGAUACCCUGUCGUUCCAGAGGAGACAGAGAAGAGUGACUCCACAACAGAAAGGGUGGGACCAGAAGAUAGAGAGAGGGGGACACUUGCCAGGACAACAGACCGACCCAAUGAGGUGGAAAUUCGUAGACCUGUCCCUUACACCAGCUCACCUGAGGAGCAUGAGUCUCCCACCACAGAACCUGAACAAGAGGGAGUGGAGGAGGUGUGGCCUGGAUUCAUUUCCACAGCUGCUCCUUCCCCUGACCAUUUAAAGCCCUCAGACUCCCCCUCAUACUCCGACACCCUUGACUACAACACACAACAAGCAGAUCCCACUCGCUCCUGGCAGGGUGACCUCACUAAGCACCCCUUCCUCGAUUACAGCCCAGCUCCUCCAGUGCAUGACGGCGACAUCCUCACCGGAGUGAUGGAGGAGCACACUGUGCACAACCUGCCUGGUGAGACUGGUGAGAGGGCGGAGAUAGAAGGGGAGAUCGGGGAGACGAUCUGUACAGGUGAUGACUGCCCUCCACGUCCUCCGAGCUCCUCCGGCCACGGCCCCACGGUAGCUGCCAUAAUCGUGGCGGUGUGUGUGGUUGCUGCGGCGAUCAUCAUUGGGGUGUGGUGUUACCGACGGCAGCAGCAGAAGAGCUCAGUGUACGAGAUGAAUGGGAAAGGCCAAAGUCAGACCAGACAGGGCCAACAGAUAGAGAUGCAGCAAAAAGUGUAAGAGCAAGAGAUGAGGAAAGAAGGACACUGACGGAGGGCAGAGACAUUCAGGAGUGAUGGGACGAUUCAGAUGAAUAUGAGAGGAGAGCACAGCCCUUCAUCUUACUAGAAACUCCUGCAUCAUUGAAGAUUUUGGAUAGGUAUGAACAGAUGAGUUGUGCUACAGCCCUGUAUUAAACAGCAAAAUCUUACCUGUGGGAUGCACAAAAUUUAGUAAAGCAGUAAGAACUGAUGAAACAAUAUAUUAGUAAUUCUCUUUCCCUCCCACUUAUCAAUUCAAAGGAAAUUCACCCAUCUUUAUCAUACCUAUUCAUUAUUUUCAACGCUCUACCAUUUAGCUGAGCAGUGGAGGGGCUGUGUCUGGACUGGACUCAGCUCCAGGAACAGAAAAAAGAGAUUGUAAGGAAAUGUAGGAAAACCACAAGAAGGCCUGCCUGCCUGGAAAUAUGAACUGAGACUUCAACCUCCAAAGCUCUUGGACAUUGUGGUAAAGAUUCUCUGUGUUACCUUUCUGUUGUUUUUGUUGACUUUAUUGAGUGCUUGCUCUGUUGAUGUGUAUUGUUCUGGAAUUAUCAAUCUCAAUCUUUUUUUUCUGUUUAUUGUGUUUUUAAAAAAAAAAACUAUCCCACUUAUUACUCUACGACGAGCGCUGAAGUUCAGAGCACUAAAGAUCAUGGCAGCAGAUUUGGGCAGGUUGUCCUGAAUGAACGACCCGGCUUCUGUCAGACCAGCAUGAGAAAAAAAAAAAAGGAUGAUGAUGAUGGUUAGACCAGAUGAGAGAGUGGGAUGAGUGGUAUGAAGAGAACUGAAAGGGGAAAGGAAAGGAAAAAAGGGGCCAGGGGAUGGUACGAGUACGAAGUAUGACGGUAGAAACAUUUGAAGACUUUACUGCCUCUGUUGGUUUUGACAGUCAGCUGGUGAGAAAUACAGAGUGGGUGUCCAGACUGCAGACUCAACCCCAUGUGUGUGUGUGUGACAGAGAGAGAGAGAGAGUGUGUGUGUGUGUGUGUGUGUGUGUGUGUGUGUGUGUGUGUGUGUGUGUGUGUGUGUGUGUGUGUGUGUGUGUGUGUGUGUGUGUGUGUGUGUGUGUGAGAGAGAGUGAUAGAGAGUAUGUGUGUGUGUCUCAGGUUCGUGCAAUCUGCCGCUCAGCGGUACGUCGUGUUUGAAGUUUCCAACUGAGGAUCCAGAGUGGAUGCUGACGGCAUUCAGACCAACCAGAGAUCAAACAUUGUGGUGCUGCCAUGGAAACAGAGAAAAACUACCCCAAAUGUUAUAGUUAAAAGAUUAGUAGUAUUCUGAAAUAUUGUUUUUUCAUAAAUGUUCAUGAAAGAGUGGAGCUGGAGAGCCUGUGACUUUAGGUUAAAAUUAGGGCUGGACCUCAUGAUAAACAUACAUAGAUGACAUUUAGCUCUACAGUAUAAUGAUAAAUGUGGAUUAUAUAUAUAUAUAUAUAUAUUUCUGCUAUGUUCUGAUUAAUUACAGUAUGAGCGGUUAAAGAGGCUCUUCAGCACAGAACUGUCAGAUUAUUGGUUGAUCGAAUUUAUGGUAAGAUAUCACUGGUUGCUGAAGGAGUUGUAAAUUCAAACAAAUGUGAAUUCAUUUUUCAAUUUGUUUAUCAAAAAAAUUUGAUAUAAUUUAUGUGAGAAAUUAAUAAUGAGUGAUUUGAUUAAUUUGGUUGUCCAGCCCUAGUUCAACAAAAUGAAAGAUUCAAUUGUAGCACUGUGUUAUUCUGUGAUAUUUACACUUUUGCUGUUUCCAUAUUGUGCCAUGAACUUGGGAACAAGCUGAAUUGCUAUAUUUGAAAAGCUCAUAAAAAGGUGCAAAUGUAAAUAAAGUAAAAUAGUCAUAAGAGGGUUUAAACUUAGAUAUUAGAGCUUGUAAUUUUAGUGAUGUAUAAAUGAACUACGUUACAAUAACUUAAUAGUGUUUUACUUCUGAUAACUGUCAACAGUGGGUGGUGGUUGGUAGAAAAGACACUUUAUUGUGUCAUCAGUUAUGAAUGAUGAUUACAUUUUUUCUCAUAUGUUUCUAACAACAUCCAGUGUUUUCAAUUGUAGGAUUUUGAUGGGUUAAGUGAAUAAGAGCCAAUUUCUUUCCCAGACUGAUUUAAUUCAGUCUUUUUCUUUAUCUUGAUGUCUGAAACUAUAUCGACACUAUUCAUGGGCGAGGGCAUGGGGAAUGAAGUACCUGUUGUCUAUAUGUUUCUGUAAAUAUAAAUCUAUGGCUGUGUUAACUUGCUGUACAUACUGUUGCAUAACUGGUGUCUAGAAAAUCACCUCACCAAGACAGUCAAGGACAUAUAACGUAGAGAUUUCCUCUUUAUACGCAGGGUCAACUCAUUUCCACUCCUCAAAAUCUCAUCCAGUGCCUGUUACACGUACUAUUCCACUCUGCUGUUGAAACACAAGUACUGUACACUGAAAUAAAAACCACACUGUGGAUAAUCAAGGAAGGACCUGUUUGAUUUCACACCAGAUUUUCCACAUGAUCUGAUGCCUCCAGACUGAUAGUAAUCAUUAUCAAUGUUAAAACACUGAGGUUGAAUGAGUCACUUGAGUUUUGUGAACACUGUUUUUUCAUUGUGUCUGAUUCACAUGAUGCUUCAAUGUUUCCCUUUCGCCUCCAUUUCAAACAGCCUGGUGUGUGUGAUGGCAGGAUGAAGUGUGUAGUUCAUAUGUGUUCCCUAAGUCACAAUAAACUCCUAAACAUGUGACUAAUGCAAUCAUUAUUGUAAUACAUGUGGUUUUAACUCUUGAUUUAUAUUUUAUUUCCAACAGGGUCAAACUGAUACAUUUAUUCAUGGAGAUAAGGAUCUCAAAUUGCAUUGUCAAUAGUGCAUUGUUCACCAUUCAUUGUGUAAGUGUGACCUGUGACGUUGACCUGUGACCUUGACUCCUGACAACUAGCCUUUUAUCUUAACUUUUAUCCGAGCUCCUUUAACCAGCCAUUGUCCCCAACAUUUCGAAAAAAGAAGAAAAGAGAGAAAGAUGUAAGAUAAAGCAUUGUUGAGGAAGAGGCAGUAAAAGAGAAACAGGUAAAUAUAGGCGAGAGAGGAACAAGAACGCAGAGCUGGAGACCGAGAGAGACACAGUCACACAGAGGGAAUGUUCCCCUGUGGGUUUUUAACAUCACUGUGUGACAAACUGCACAGAGACUCAAUGUUCAAACAUUAUUAAACAACUCAGUGUUUUCUCUGGCCAUGUCUGCGCAGCACAGCCCUGGGUUUGGUCUAAAGGACCCUUGCAAACAGCCUGCUUUUCACAGAUUCAGGUCUUUUUCAAACAUUCCCGAGGUCCCCUCUCUAAAUUGUGAUUUUUUGCUGACUCUAAAUUUUUGGAUCUUAAGACAUGAAUUUAGGCUUUGUGCAAUUGUAACAAGUAUAUUUCACUAUUUUGUAACAUUUCAUAGACCAAAACCAGCAACUGUAUUACGACAACACUGCAAUGAUUACUUGAGAGAUCUCAUGUUAGGAAAGUUAUUUUAUCAUGAAAAGGACCAUUUUUGAAAGACAACAUCUAUGAUUCACAGUGGAGGAAUGAAUUCAUAAAACAGUAAGUAAAAAUAUUUCUAUAUCUGUUAUUUUCAUUGACCUUAAAUCAUUCAGCUACUGUGCUUAAUGUCUGUACCUCUGAGCUGGAUAUUUUAUGUGGCAAAAAUAUUCAGGAUGUGGAGCUGCAGGGUAAAAACACAGUGACCAAUCAGAGCAUCUUACAAAACCCAAUAAAUACAAAC